AUGACGACUCAGUACGAAAAUAUAAUCAUCGGCUCUGGUCAAGCUGGUACGCCGCUAGCCAUCGCAUUCGCCAAAGCAGGACAAAAAACAGCACUGAUUGAACGGGAGCAUAUCGGCGGAAGCUGUAUCAACGAAGGCUGUACACCGACGAAAACAUUAAUCGCAUCAGGUCGCGUCGCCUAUCUAGUUAGCAAGGGACUAGAUUAUGGUAUACACACUCAGACUGAUGAACACAAAGCCGAUGUGAAUCUGGCCGUGGUUGACAUGCUCAAAGUCCGCCAAAGAAAAAGCGACAUUGUCACAUCAUUCCGUGCAGGUAGCGAGACUAAGCUAAAAGAUGCUGGCGUGGAUACACUGGUAGGCGAAGCGACUUUUUUGGACGAGAAAACGAUCCAAUACAAAGAUACUGGUGGCGACGUGAGAACAGUCCAGGGUCAGAGGAUAUUCAUUAAUACCGGAACACGACCUUCGCCACCACUUCUGGAAGGAGUCGCCAUGCUUGAUCAAAAGGUAGUCUUGAAUUCCACGUCUAUUCAAGAGCUCGAUGUGGUCCCCGGUCACCUCGUCGUGGUUGGAGGCGGAUAUAUAGGAGUCGAAUUUGCUCAAUUGUUUCGCCGACUUGGUGCAAAAGUUACCAUUAUUCAGCGUGGAAAACAGUUACUACCACGCGAAGAUGAAGAGAUGGCUCAUAUGCUACGAAAAAUCUUUCAAGAGGAUGGAAUUACAGUCCACUUGAACUCUGAUCCCGUUAGAAUUGCGCCAUCUUCUACCGGAUUCACGCUUGAAUACCGUGCCAAUCACAGCGAUCAACCCAUCGAAGGAACACACAUUCUUUUUGCUACAGGCCGAAUCCCAAAUACAGACAUGUUGAACACGGGCGCCGCAGGGAUCAACACCGAUAACAAAGGAUACAUCACCACAAACGAGUACCUCGAAACAUCGACUCCUGCUAUUUAUGCAAUGGGCGAUGUAAAAGGACCACCAUCAUUCACGCAUAUAUCCUACGAUGACUUCCGUAUUAUUCGCUCCAACAUCCUCCCAUCAUCAUCAUCGCCAACUAAGCUCUCAAUUAAAGACCGUAUAGUCCCAUACGUAGUCUUCACCGAUCCCCAGCUAGCACACGUCGGCCUCCACGAAAAAGAAGCUCGAACAAAGUUCCCAAGCAAGAAGAUCCAGAUAGCGAAAAUGCCAAUGGCAUACAUUGCCCGCGCACUGGAAACGGGUGAGUCGCGGGGAAUGAUGAAAGCUGUUGUCGAUGGUGAUAGCGGUUUGAUUUUGGGCUUUACUUGUUUGGGCAUUGGGGGUGGAGAGAUUAUGAGUACGGUAGAGGUAGCGAUGAUUGGGAAUGUUCCCUAUCAGAAGUUGAGGGAUGCAGUUUUGGCUCAUCCUACUCUUGCCGAGAGUUUGAAUAAUAUUUGGGGAUUUUUGGAGUAG